AUGUCCAUGAGGAUUUUCAAGCUGGACACCAGGGCAUCAAACGGACUCACGAAAAGCUACGCUCUGAGUUUUAUUAGCCCGCGAUACGUGGAACGUUAUGUCACGCUGUGUGUGUUGAUUGUGCGAGCGCAGGGACAUCCGUCCAACCCCGGCCCAUCUGCUAGAAAUAUUGACCCAAGGCAACCAUUUGAAGUGGCUUCGAUGGAUUUCGUGACGCACAUACCAAAGUCAGAGCGAGAAAACACUUUCUUGGUCUUAUUCCAAGACAUGUUUCCAGGAUUCGUGACGUGCAAGCCAAUGUCAUCCACAACGGCUCAGGACGUAGCUGAAGCGUACGAGGAACUGGUAUUCAGGAUGUUCGGCGCUUCGGCCUUGAUCCGCCACGAUUAG